UCUUUAAAAAAUCUGUGAUUUUUUCCAAACACCAUCGAAAUCAUGUGAUCAAAUUUCAUCUCCUUCAUCUUUUCUAGUUUUCGGAUCUUGAUUGUGAGAAAUUAAUUGGGUUCCUUUAUUUACGCAUCAUAAUAUGCAAUUUUUUUUACAUUAUAUUAUCUUGAAUUUGGCAUUACUUGAAGCUACAUUAUAGGCUCAGAAAUCAUGGAUGCAUUUGUUUAUACAAGACUUUAAGGUUGCUUACACUGUGAUAAACAAUUGUUAAUUCUUCUUAAUCCAUCUGUCAAACUAGAACCUUGAAUCUGAAACCAAUUUGCUCAUAAACUAUUACUUUAAAUAGUCAAACCAAAAGUUCAAGAUUUGAGAUCAUUUAAAAAAUUCAAAAGAUUCGUAUCUCAAAAUCCAAGCAACGCUUAGAUUUUUAUCAAGUUUUCUAUAGGAUGCAACUCUCAACUUUUCAUAGCAAAAAUGAAGUUAAGCAUAUCGAGAGGAAUUCCCAAGUUUGUUUUCUUAUCUUGUGUUUUUUCACUUAUUUGUGUGGUUUUAUUUUCAAAAUUUUACUCUUUCAGCCCUUUUAUUUUUUUGGAUACUAAAUGCAUGUAUGAUUCUAAUCCUCAUGUUACCUAUAAUCCCGAAAUCAAGAUAUUAGAGACAGUUAUCAAGAAAAUCGAGCAAGAGAUUAUCGAUAUUAAAGUUUCACACAAGAAUUCUUCGCACGCGUUAAGAUACGGUUCAUUUCUUGCAGACAUUUUGGGUUUAAUCGAGUCUGUAAAGUUUGUGGAAAACGAGGUUGUUGGAUUACCUGAACGUGACGUGAACCAGUCGAACUCGGUUCAACCGGUUCACGUCUCGCAAGAUUUCUUUCUGACAGAAGAAAUCCGGAAAUAUGUUCGAAUGAAACCGAACAGAUUAGGAAAACAAAACUUCAUGGGUGCAAACGGGACAUUCACGAGCAUAGGACAUGCAUGUUUCUCAAUGAAACAAGAGCUCGAAGAGUAUAUGAAUUAUGAUGUGGGUGACAUAUGCAACGAUGAUUGGAAGUUGGCUCAACGGUUAAUGGUGCACGGGUGCGACCCAUUGCCUAGAAGACGGUGCUUCUCGCGAGCCCCACGGUUCUACACCGAACCAUACCCAAUCCCCGAGUCCAUUUGGAGACUCCCGGAUGAUAAAAACGUACGAUGGAGUCAUUACCGAUGCAAAGGUUUUGCAUGUCUUGCUGCCAGCAAGACAGGCAAAGGUUUCUUCAAAUGUGCAGAUUGUUUCAAUCUGACACAUCAUGAAAGGCCGAGAUGGGUCGGACCCGUUUAUCUGGGUCCGACCAACUCAACUCCAGACUUCCUGCUCACAGAAAUUCUAGACCUGAAGCCCGGCGAGAUACGUAUCGGUCUCGACUUUAGCGUUGGAACGGGUACUUUUGCCGCUAGAAUGCGGGACCACAAUGUGACGAUUGUCUCUGCUACGAUAAACCUUGGGGCACCUUUUAGUGAAAUGAUUGCGCUUCGUGGACUUGUACCGAUCUACAUGACGAUAAAUCAACGGCUCCCGUUUUUUGAUAACACAUUGGAUCUGAUCCACACGACCAGGUUUUUGGACGGGUGGAUCGAUUUCGUGCUAUUAGAUUUUGUACUAUAUGACUGGGAUAGAGUACUUAGGCCCGGAGGGUUGUUAUGGAUUGAUAGUUUUUUUUGCUUAAAGGAGGAUUUAGAGGAUUAUUUGGAGGGUUUUAAGAUGUUGAGGUACAAAAGGCACAAGUGGGUGGUUGUACCAAAGGUUGAUAAAGACGAUGAUAGAGAGGUUUUCUUUUCUGCUGUUUUGGAGAAGCCUCCUAGGCCUUUCUAGUCGAAGUACAAGUCUUUAAUGGAUGAUGUACAAGUUUUAAUGCAUUGACGUAGAAGUUGUAUUAGCAAUAUCCUUCUGCAAAUAUGAUUUAUAUAUCUAAGUUAUUGGGUGCAGUUUGCCGGUUCA